AUGACAUCAUCAACGUUAAAAUCGGUCGGUUCGCCGCUGAGAAAACGUUCAGUCAGUGCGAAACCGGCCACAAAAAUGGUUCUCACUGUUUUAGUUCUGACUGUGGGGCUUUUGGCCCCCGCCUUUGGCCAGUACGCCAAAAUAGUUUGCAACUACGAGACCAAAGCUCACACCAGAGAAGGACAAGGAAAAUUCGACGUGAACAACUUAGAACCGGCUUUAGAUAUUUGCACCCACCUAAACUACGGUUACGCCGGAAUCAACGAUGAUAGCUUAAAGCUCGUUCCCCUAAAUGAACAUUAUGAUGUCAUUAAAGACAACUACAGACGCGUCACAGACUUGAAAGCCAGACAUCCAAAAUUGAAGAUCCUGCUUUCGGUCGGUGGCAAUGAAGAUAUUACCGGCGAAGGUUCUGAAAAAAACCUCAAAUAUAGAGAGUUGUUGGAGUCGUCGACCAAGAGAAUGGCUUUCGUAAACUCCGCCUACACUUUGGUCAAGAGUUUCGGCUUCGACGGCAUCGACUUGGCGUGGGAAUUCCCCGAGAACAAGCCCAAGAAGGAGCACUCAACCAUCGGCAAAUUGUGGAAGUCGUUCAAGAAAACCUUUACCGGAGACAGCGUUUUAGAUGAGAAAGCUGAUGAGCACAAAGAUCAAUUUGUAGCUUUGGUCAGAGAGUUGAAGAACGCCUUCAAACCCGACAAUUUUUUGGUCACCUUGACUGUCUUACCCAACGUCAACAGCUCAAUUUUCUAUGACCCGAGAAAUUUGGCCCCGCACUUGGACUACGUGGCUCUGCACGCGUUCGACUUUUACACCCCCCAACGCAACCCAAAACUGGCCGAUUAUCCAGCCCCCUUGUACGAACUGAUAGAUAGAAGACCGGACGAAAACGUCGACGCCCAAGUCAAGUUCUGGCUGUCCAAUGGUUGCCCAGCCAGUAAAAUAGUCCUGGGAAUCCCCACCUACGGCAGGACCUGGAACCUGGACGAAGACGCCAAAGUGGACGCCGUGCCACCGCUAGGAUUGGAUGGACCUGGUGAACCAGGCACCUGGACCAAGGACGCUGGACUGUUGAGUUACGGUGAAAUUUGUACCAAAAUCAAGCCUCUUAACGUACCCACCGGACCGGGAGAUCUUAAACAGGUCCCCGACCCCACCAAAAAGCAUGGGGUUUACGCCUAUCGUCUCCCAACUGAUUCGCAAAAAGGUAUCUGGAUUGGUUAUGAGAAUCCCGAAACUGCGGCCACCAAAGCCGAUUAUGUUAAAGCUAAAGGAUUGGCGGGAGUUGCCAUUGACGACUUAACCCUGGACGAUUUUAAAGGCGUUUGUGAUCGCAACAGUUACAGCAUUCUUCGCGCUGUUAAAUCCAGAUUGUAA